CUGUGCUCCGUGCAUUGAACGCCUUAGCGUCGAAACACUUGAAAUCAAUUUACGCGACUUCCUCGCGUUCGGUGGACCCGCGUCGUUUCCUGGUUAAUUUGGUCUCUACAACUUUUUAAGAGUUAGCUCUUAGCUCUUGACUUUUUCUACACAUUGACCUUCUCCCUUUACAUCUUUACAUCUUUACAACUACAACUUCAUGCUUACCUUGGACAAAAAGAAAUAUCAACCCAAAAACCAACACAAUAAGCAGAAACAGCAAUAAUAGUCAAGAUGGUACGAUCUACUCUCGGAAAGAGGACUAGAAGUACAAAGGAUAUUGAGGCUCCAGAUGUCUCCGAUACGCCUACAAAGCGAACAAGACGCCAAACUCGCAGCUCGCAGCUCCUUAACGAUGAGAAUGUUAGCCCAGAGGAAUCCGUCAACAGUGACCAAUCCAAUUGCGAUAGUGACGCAGAGGUACCAGUCGCCAAGACAUCCCCUUCUCAACGAGUCCACAGUGCAGAUAGUAGCAAACAAACAUACACACCACUUACGCCGAGUACGCCUCGAUUCCGAGAUGCUCUUUCCAAAGUACCUGUCACCCCUCGUCAUCGGGUCAUGUCAGCAGGUAGAAUCUCGAAGCGACUUUUUCCGCAGUCACCUCUCACACCCACCGCAAUACAAACCGUGUAUCACCACGCACGUCAACUCUUCUCCCGAAGCGCUGAACCUGGCCAAUUGAUUGGACGAGACAACGAGCGCGUACAGCUUAAGGAAUUUCUACAGCGAUGCUCGAAGUCUCAACCCAGUGGAUGCAUCUAUGUCAGCGGACCUCCAGGGACGGGAAAGAGUGCGAUGGUAAACGAAGUCACACAAGAGCUAGCCGAGUCGGGUGUUGUCAAGAAGGUGUACGUCAACUGUAUGAGCAUCAAAUCGUCCAAAGACCUUUAUGGAACACUUGUGGACCAAAUUUGCGACGAGACAGAUAUACCCGACGGAGAUGUGGCAACGACAAUCCAGAAAAUCUUUGUGCCGCGCAAAAAGUCGGCAGAAGUCUACCUAGUUGUUCUAGACGAGAUUGAUCACAUACUCACACUGGACCUCGAGAGUCUAUACCAGCUAUUUGAAUGGUCUAUGCAGAAGUCAUCGCGCCUCGUCCUAGUUGGCAUUGCGAACGCACUAGACCUGACGGACCGAUUUCUCCCACGCCUCAAGUCUCGCAACCUAAAGCCAGAGCUCCUCCCGUUCUUGCCAUACUCGGCAGCACAAAUCAAGACAAUAAUCACUACACGCCUAAGGAGCCUCGUGCCAGAAGGCAGUCCCCUCCCAUUCAUUCACCCAGCGGCCAUUGAACUCUGUUCUCGCAAGGUAUCAAGCCAAACGGGCGACUUGCGCAAAGCUUUCGAAAUCUGCCGAAGAGCCAUUGACCUCGUGGAGAUGGAGACGAAGCAGAAGCACGAGGCUGAUAUCAAGGAGAAGAUGCUCCUCGCUACGCCGUCCCGAAAACCCUUGGGAGAGAACAUGAACCAAUCCUCGCCAUCAAAACGAUCAUCAGAAACAGCGAUGUUAGCAGAAUCGUUGAAAGCCCUGACACCGGAAACGGCACCUCGCGUGAGCAUAGCGCAUCUGAACAAGAUUACUGCUGCCGCUUUUAGCAACGGAACAAAUCAACGACUUAAGACUUUGAACUUGCAACAGAAGGCAGGAUUGUGCUCUCUGAUGGCCCUCGAAAAGCGAAACAGGGCAUCUCAAGCCUCAUCGGUCUUGUCUACGCCAUCCAAGUCGCGAACCAUCGCCCCAAGCAUCAAGACGUUAUACGAGACAUAUAGUCUUCUAUGCACUCGAGAAUCAGUGCUACAUCCGUUGUCUAGUUCGGAAUUCCGAGAGGUCAUGGACAGUCUCGAGACGUUGUCCCUGGUCUCCGCUGUCGACGGAAAGACGGGUUCUUUCGCCAUGUUACAUACACCAAGCAGGAGAGGGAAGAAGAAUGCAUUUACAUCGGGGGCCGGAUUGGCGGAUGAAAGAAGGGUUGCGAGCUGUGUUGGGGAGAAGGAGUUGGAGCAAGCUAUAGAAGGGCUCGGUGCUGAUAUUCUGAAGAGCAUCUUGAGCGGCGAGGCGCUGGAUUAGCCAUCUGCAUUUACAAAACGGUUCUUUCAUGGAGGCGGCAUGGCAUUGGCGGCAUGGCAUUAACGGCAGGACAUUGACGGCGUUUGGGUUGCGUACGUACCUUUGAUACGAACUUAGCAUAAGAUGCCCUCUAAUGAGGAUAAAUGAGAAUAAUGUAAUAGGCACUUCCAGCCAGAUAUGGACAAGGAGCUUCAUGAUGAUCCAUGUUUAUUGUGAUUCGUCCAUUUACUACUACCUAGGUACGAUACGGUACGGCGGCACCUCCUGAGAUUCCGUCAUUUUCAGAAUCACAGACAUUUUCCCCUCGUUUUGUCACUUUCGACAAUCUUCCUACAGGCAGGCAGCAAUGCAGUAGUAUCGCGCAUCUUGACAAGGUCCAUUGUAUGCAGUGUGACUGGUGAUAAUAAUU